UUACUAAUUAGGGUUUAAGGUUUUUAUAGAUCUCCACCUGUAGUUUUUUUUUUUCUCGCUCAGAGACUAAAUCAAUGGCGUCUAGGGUUUCACUAAAAAGCAAAGGAAAAAGCAGCGGCGGUGCCAAAGGAUCAAAAGCUAUGGAGGAGAAAUCAACAAUACAGUGUUUGAAAGAAUGGAGCACUUGGACUUUGAAGAAAGCUAAAGUGAUCACUCAUUAUGGAUUCAUUCCUCUUGUUGUCAUUAUCGGCAUGAAUUCUGAACCUAAGCCACAACUCUAUCAGCUUCUAACUCCUGUAUGAUCUCAUCAAUUUGGUUACUACCCACAUCGUGGUUUGCGUUUUCUCUUUUGGAUCGUUGCCUACUUGUCGAAUCAACAUGGAUUGGCUUAGGUGUAAUUUCUUGUUUAUCGAAGGUUUAUGGAUGUUAUGUAAGUUGUUGAGAUGAUUGAUGAAUUUAUUAGUAUAAUAUGUGAAAAGCUCGAAUCUUUUCUAUGGUUUACGAAUAAUCUGUUCCAUAAUAUAAAAUAAUUGCGUAUUCAAUUGGUUGAUUA